AGUUGGUGUCAAAUAAUGACUGUUGUAAUCGUAAAUGAUAUUCAACGAAAUCUUAAUUCUUUCUUCCUUCCUUGCUUUUUUGUGCCCCAGAGUUAUCAGAAAGAGGAAAGGGAGGCAGCUCUGUUUGCGAAAAAGCAAAGGAGCUACAAGCUAUUAGAACCUGAGGAUGAUGAUGGAGAUGACCAAGUAGCGUCUACUACGUCAACUUCUCAGCCAGGAAAAGUGACUUCUAAUCGAAAGCACUUUAGGAAGAAAAGCGAAACCCAAGAUAGUGACGAUGACGAGGCAACGACAGUGGCUGAAAGACCUGUUCGCAAGCGUACUUUGGAUGAUAAUGAUGAUGAUUUUGAGUCAGAAGAAGCCAGGAUUAAAGAUCAAGAAGAGAGAGCUCAAUUGGAGAGGAACAUGAGAGAAAGAGAUGCAGCUGCAACUCGGAAGUUGACAGAACCAAAGUUAACGAAGGCGCAGGAAGAGGAGAUUAUUCGAAGAACUCAAGCAUCAGAGAAAAAUGAUACUUCAGAACUGAGAAAAGUUUCAAGGCAAGUUUAUUUGCAAAAGCGGAGAGAUCAGAAGCUUUUGGAGAUUCGGGAUGACAUUAUAGAUCAUGAGUAUAUAUUUGAGGGCGUGAAGCUGACGGAAGCAGAAGAACGUGAGUAUAGGUACAAAAGAAAAAUUUACGAGCUUGCAAAAGAGCACUUGGAGGAUGUGGACAAUAUUAAUGAGUACAAAAUGCCUGAGGCAUACGACAUGGAGGGACGGGUCAAUCAAGAGAAAAGAUUUGCUGCAGCUAUGCAGCGUUACAGGGACCCUGAGGCUGCAGAGAAAAUGAAUCCAUUUGCCGAACAAGAAGCCUGGGAGGAACACCAAAUAGGAAAGGCAACCAUAAAAUUUGGCUCAAAAGAUAGAAAGCAAGCUGCUGAUGACUAUCAGUAUGUUUUUGAGGAUGGGGUUGAGUUCAUCAAAGCAUCUGUCAUGGAUGGAACUCAGUUUGAAGAUGAAUUAUCUUCCGGGAAUGAUGACUCUUCAGAGGCAAAAACCAUGUUGGAGAAGCUGCAGGAAGAUAGGAAAAGUCUGCCUAUCUAUCGUUACAGAGAGGAGUUACUUAAGGCCAUCCAAGAUCAUCAGGUUCUUGUUAUUGUUGGAGAGACAGGCUCUGGAAAGACUACUCAGAUACCUCAAUAUCUUCAUGAAGCUGGGUAUACAAAAGCUGGGAAGAUUGCAUGCACACAGCCUCGCCGUGUUGCUGCAAUGAGCGUGGCGGCAAGGGUGUCCCAGGAGAUGGGUGUUAAACUUGGGCAUGAGGUUGGUUACUCAAUUAGGUUUGAGGAUUGCACCUCGGAAAAAACUGUACUCAAGUACAUGACAGAUGGUAUGCUGUUGAGGGAAUUCCUUGGUGAACCAGAUUUGGCUAGCUACAGUGUUGUGAUGGUGGAUGAGGCUCAUGAGCGAACACUAUCAACUGACAUAUUAUUCGGGUUGGUGAAGGAUAUUGCUCGUUUUCGAAAAGAUCUCAAGUUGCUUAUUUCGAGUGCGACCCUGGAUGCGGAGAAAUUCAGUGAUUACUUUGACUCUGCCCCAAUUUUUAAAAUUCCAGGGAGGCGAUACCCUGUCGAAAUACACUUCACGACAGCACCGGAAGCAGACUACAUUGAUGCUGCGAUUGUUACAGUUCUUCAAAUACACGUGACCCAGCCACUUGGUGACAUCUUAGUGUUCCUUACAGGGCAGGAGGAAAUUGAAACAGUCGAUGAAAUCCUUAAGCACAGAAUAAAAGGUUUGGGCACGAAGAUAGCGGAACUUAUCAUCUGCCCGAUUUACGCCAACCUCCCCACUGAGCUGCAAGCAAAGAUUUUUGAACCUACACCUGAAGGUGCCCGCAAGGUUGUUUUGGCUACUAAUAUAGCCGAAACAUCGUUAACAAUUGAUGGAAUAAAAUAUGUUGUCGACCCUGGAUUUUGUAAAAUUAAAUCAUAUAACCCUAGAACUGGGAUGGAGUCUUUGCUAGUGAAUCCAAUCUCAAAGGCAUCUGCAGAGCAAAGGGCUGGUAGGUCUGGGCGUACUGGACCUGGAAAAUGUUUUCGCCUUUAUACUAAGUAUAAUUACGAUCAUGAUCUCGAGGAGAACAGUGUUCCAGAGAUUCAACGGACGAAUUUAGCGAACGUUGUGCUCACUCUUAAAAGUUUGGGUAUUCAUGACUUGGUCAAUUUUGAUUUCAUGGAUCCUCCCCCAUCAGAGGCAUUGCUUAAGGCUCUUGAGCAACUAUUUGCUCUUAAUGCGCUGAAUAGCCGAGGCGAGUUGACUAAGACUGGGAGAAGGAUGGCUGAGUUUCCACUGGACCCCAUGCUUUCAAAAAUGAUAGUUGCUUCGGACAAGUACAAGUGUUCUGAUGAGAUCAUAUCCAUUGCGGCGAUGUUGUCGGUUGGAAAUUCGAUAUUUUAUCGUCCAAAGGACAAACAAGUUCAUGCAGACAAUGCAAGGUUGAAUUUCCACACUGGGAAUGUUGGAGAUCAUAUUGCGUUGCUUAACGUCUACAAUUCCUGGAAAGAAACUAAUUACUCGACCCAAUGGUGCUAUGAAAAUUAUAUUCAGGUAAGAAGUAUGAAAAGAGCUAGAGAUAUUCGUGAUCAAUUAGAGGGACUCUUGGAAAGAGUUGAGAUUGAGCUCACUUCAAAUGGUAAUGACUUAGAUACCAUUAAAAAGGCAAUAACAUCAGGUUUUUUCCACCAUUCUGCGAAGUUGCAAAAGAAUGGUUCUUAUAGAACGGUCAAAAACCCCCAAACAGUAUAUAUACAUCCAAACUCCGGACUAGCACAGGUGCUUCCUCGUUGGGUGAUAUACCACGAGUUGGUUCUCACAACGAAGGAGUUUAUGAGACAGGUUACGGAACUGAAGCCCGAAUGGCUUGUAGAAAUCGCGCCGCACUACUAUCAGCUUAAAGAUGUCGAUGAUUCCGGAGCGAAGAAAUUACCUCGUGGGACAGGUCGAGCUGCAUUGUAGGAGCUAGCUCCAUUUUAUGCACAUUUUGAGCACCGGAGGAAGCCGUACAGAUCCCCUUUUUUUUUUUUCCCUUUUUUUCUUUUUUCAAGUUUUGUACAAUACGAGAAAGGAAAUAUUAGUGUUUUGUUCUGAAAUUUUCCCUUGUACUGUUGUAACAAAUUUCGAUUCAAAAUGUACCACACGCAUCUAAGAAUUUUCUCAAUGUGUAAUUUAUUCAGGUGCUUUUGUUUUUGUGUGAAUCUUAGGAGGAGUAAAAAUGAAAUGGGAAGCCUCACAUCCAAGUUCAAAGCCUGUUUAAACGGCGGUAA